GAGCAACCGGCAACAUUGGCAACUGACUGGCAUAUAAAUAGACGGGUCCGCGGGGUCUGUGAUCAGUGCAAGCAGGUCUCUCAUCGAUCAUAUAUCUCCAGCCCAACCGAAGUCCAGUCAACAUGAAAUUCUUGCUCCUGAGCGUGUUCCUUUGCCUGGCCGUCUGCUUCGUGGUCACCAAUGCUGCUCCCCGCGAGGAGGCCAUUCCCGAUGGCAUCGAAGGUCCUGGCAGCGAGUCCAUCAACCCCUCGGACGACCAGGGAUUCCUGCUCAAGCUGAAGCUGCUGAAGAAGCUCCUGUUCCUGGGCUGAGCAUCAUAGCCCCUCAUUUAUGGAUUUUUAGAUUUACUUCUGUGUUUAGGUUUUAAAGAGAAAAGAUAAAAAAGACAAAUUAAAAAAUGUAUUUGGUAACAAAACUUCAA